CAUUCAUGUGAGUACAUAUUAGCUAGGGGGUAAAAUUCUCACAUGCAAUCCACCACCGUUGAAUUUGUGCAAUCCAACUACCCAAAUAAAUAUGAGCUGCAUGAGGAAUUUGAAUAUAUAUAAGUGCAUGACACAUAAUUAACAAGACUUUGAGCUAACACCAUUUUGAAAAUUUUGAAGAGUUGAAGAUCCGCAAUGGCUGCGAACAACGCCGACGCCGACGCUGCUCCUCCUCCUCCUCCUCCAGAAGUGUUUCGGUGCGGUGGCUGCCCUAGGGAGUUUCCUACUGCUUGGGACCGUAUGAUGCACGAGAGGGACGACCACCAUCAAGGAUUCUAUGAUGUGUCGCCUUGGUGCAACUUGUGCGGCAUUGUUAUUGAGGAUGACCACGGGGUUGUUUCCCACCAACAAAAUGGCGACACCAGCUGCCAAAAGAAGUACAACGCGAACUUCACCUGUGUCUAUUGCAAGCGUGCCUUUUGUGUCAUGGACAAGUUGAAUGAACAUUAUCGUCGCCGUCACGCCUGGCAGUACGCUAGGCGGUUCUAGUAGUAUUUUGGUAUGAUGUGGCGGCUCAAUUCAUAUGUAGUAGUAUUUCGGUAUGAUGUGGCGGUUCUAUUAGUAUUUUGGUAUGAUGUGGCGGUUGUAGUAGUAUUUUGGUAUGAUGUGGCGGUUCAAUUCAUAUGUAUUAGUAUUUUGGUAUGAUGUGGCGGUUCUACUUGUUGAGUAUGAUAUAUAUAUAUAUAAAAUUAAUUUGGUCUU